CCGUAAACUGGUUUAAGCUGUUUUUUUUUUCUUCACCUACAGUAGGCUCUGUCUAAUUCUCCAGACAAGUGAAUAACGCCCAAAAACGAGUUGUUAAUUAGCUUUAGUAAUAGUUUUUAUUGCUGCGGUUGCACUGACACACUAUUGGUGUCUUUUCUUACACCUGUGUAAACCUUUGUAUCCUAUCUCAUAAAGAGACGGCAGAUAUGGGAUACAAUUUCACUUUUUGAAUGCACAAACUCUUCUCGGGAAAAGAGUGCGCCAGAUAUCUUGAUAGGGAGCGGUUAUGGAUAAAGAGGGGCGUGACUGUCUGCGAGUGAAAUAUUCAGAGUAGCUCCUUAAAGCGAGAGAGUGCAGAGAGAGCGGAACACGAUCUGGAAGAAUCACAUUGAAUUGAAAUUACGAGAUGCACAAGAUGGAGAAUCCUGCAGGAUUGUGGAACACUGGAGGCUUCAGCCUUGAGAAUCAAACAACGAAAUUCAACGAAUCUUCAACAUUCACUGACUCUGAGUUUCGUUACACUCUCUUCCCUGUUUUCUAUGGUCUGGUCUUUGUCUUUGGGUUGGCAGCCAACUGCUAUGCUCUUUAUGUACUGCACCAUAUGCGUGAUACCAAAGCCAUGAAUGAGAUCUGUAUCUACAUGACCAACCUGACGGUUGCAGACCUGCUCUUUGUGUCUGCUCUGCCAUUCUGGAUCGGCUACUACGUGCAUAAAGGUAACUGGAUGUAUUCAGAUGCUGUCUGCCGUAUCACAGGCUCAUUUUUCUUCAUCAACACAUACUGCUCUAUCCUCUUCCUCACUGUCAUCAGUGUUAACCGUUAUUGGGCUGUUACUAGACCACUGGUGGCCGCUUCCUCUGACUGCUGGAAACGUGGAGCAAUCAUCUCGGCAGUUGUCUGGGUUGUCACUCUUGCAGCAGCAAUUAAAUACCUCACUGAACCUGGAGUCCAGGAGGACACAGAGAAGGGAAUUGUACGCUGUUUCGAGGGUUAUCACGUAAAGAGUUAUGCUACUAAAUAUUCAGUGGCCACAACCCACUUCAUUAUUAUUGUCCUGUUUUUUGUUGUUUUCUUAAUGGUCAUUAUCUGCAAUAUCUUGAUUGCGCAAGCUCUUAUGGCCCAACCAAUCAGUCAGCCUCAAGUCAGCACGGGUAAGCGGCCUAGCGGUACCAAGCGCAGAGCCUUGAGGAUGCUGUGUGCCAUUGUAGGUGUAUUUGUGAUCUGUUUCCUGCCCCACCAUGUGUUGCAGGGUCCCUGGGUACUUUCGGUGCUAGGCCUGAAGAAAUCCUGGAGCAAGGAGACUCACCAACUCCUAAAUGAUGCUCACCAGAUCACCCUGAUGUUUAUGGGCUUCAACUGCAUCCUGGACCCACUGGUGUAUUGCUUCGCCACAACAAAUUUCCACAAAUACAUCCAGGGUCACUUUAAAAAUGUCAAGAAUAACAAAAGCUGCUCAUGCAAUAUAGUAAGCACGGCUAUGUCUCUGAAGAGCAGACAUUAGAGCGAAUUAUGAAUGGUGCCAAAGAGCAGAAAAAAUAGGUCAGGAAUAUUUGAAAUCCGCUCCCUUGGUGUCUGAAUAUUUAAUCAAUUAUAAUCUUAUUUAGGAUUUUAGCAGGUUUGAUUUCACAAAAUUUUCUCAGUAGAUUCUGUUCGGAUUCUUAAUAAAAAAAUUGUCUGCUGAAAUGAUCUAUCUUGCAAUUGCUGCCUCUAGCAGGCAGAGGCAGGGCAACAACCAACCAACAGACUAUUUCACACAUAUAUAUACAAUUUUGUAUAUGCUAAGUGAUAUAGUCAAAAGACAAUAAUCGGAGUUACUGAUAACAGCAUGGAUCUCUUAAAUACCUACACUUGCACUGAAUAGAGGUGGAAUUGACCCCAGUAUCUAAAUGGGUCAAACAAAUCUACUAAACUAUUCUUGGUGAUGAGACUGUUUCAAGAAGAAUGAAAACAUGGGAUCAUGCCUUGAGAUACAUUGGUUUAGAAUGAGGAAGAUAAACAAGUGAAAAGGGAGCUGCCUUACUUGCAGAGUAGCUCUGUAAGGAGUGUUCUUUUGAAUUUCCUUUUGAAGGUUUUUUUUAAAACUUUUUUUGUCACACUGGAAGUCUUCAUUUUCUUCUGCAAUAAUUUGUCAUAAAAGGGGAACUUGAAAUGCACCCAUUGCCUGGAACUGCGCAUGCAGACCCGGGGAGAUUUUGGACAACAAAUUUAAUACAAUAAUUAAAUGCAAUUAUUACAGUAAAUUAAAUUUAUUAUACAAUGAAAUGAUUGUGUGACUCAAUAUUGGUUCUCAAUAGAAGUUGAGUAAAUAUUAAUUUGUUAACUUGUACAAAUUCUACAUCUAAAAAUUGUUGUUGUCAUUUUUUCUGUUGCCUUUUUAUUGUGUUCUGAUUAUAUUUAUUGAACAGAAUGAAAUAUACUCUUUAUUCUUAAUUAACUUAUACAAAUUCUACGUCUUAAAAUUGUUGAUGUCAUUUUCUGUUGCCUUUUUAUUGUGUUCUGAUGUUAUUUAUUGAACAGAAUGAAAUAUACUCUUUUAAGCUGAUGUUUGUAUUUUGAAUGUAUUUAACACUUUCAUGUAAAUAUGUCAAAUUUAAUAAUGUUUUAAAAAUGUUACUUAUUUCCAGUGAUAUCUUGGUGUUCUUUAAUGUGUUUAUAUGAGCCAUAUGUUUUUGGGUGGCAUUUGGUGGCAUUGGAGACAUUUAAUCAAUGCUCAGUGUUCACAUUUUACUUUCUUUUUUUUUUUUUUUUAAGUUCUCUAUCAAACAUGAAGUUUGUCUAGAAUGUGCUGUGUACUGUACUUUUUUUGAGUGUUUGAUUUAAAAAAAAGAAGAACAGAGUGUGUGAAACACAGAUCUGAUGAAAGAUUCUUUGUUUCACAUUUUAGAGAACUGCAGAUACUAUUGCAGUUCAGCCACUGUUUUUCUAUUUAUUAUUAAAAAGAAGGGAAAUCAUUGAACUUUGUACAUCUAACAAUUCUUUUUAUGUCAUGUAAGGCUAUAUCAGUACUGAUAAGUCAUAAUAAUAAUAAUAAUUAUAAUAAUAAUAAUAAAAUAUUUAUUCAGCUGUAGGUAAUCAUGUUUAGCU